AUGCCGUCCGCCCUCAUUCUGAUCUAUCCCUCCGUCAACACCCUCGACACCAACGGCCCCAUCGGUGUCCUCUUCCAAAGCGGCUUCUCCACAACCAUCGCGGCGCUCGACGAAUUCACCACCACCCAGGAGAAUGUCACGAUCAAACGCGAUCUCUCACUGUCGGAAGCGAAGGACCGUCUCGCCGAAUAUGAUGUGCUCAUCGUCCCCGGGACGCGACCGAAUCAUAUCCUACCCCACGUCACAUCGAAUGGCUACCUCCAGGGACUGCUCGAGCUGAUCUCGGCGUUCGCGAAACUCGGCCCCAAACACCCCGGUCCCACCGGUGAGCGUGUUCUCUUUUCCGUCUGCACCGGGUCGUAUUUACUGGCGGCUGCCGGGGUCCUGGCGGGUACGACGGCGACAUCGCACCGGUUGGCGCUGGGCCCCUUGCAGCAGUUAUGCGACGAGUACACGGGUCGGACACCCGGGUCGAAGAGGACGGAGGUAGUACCGGAAGGCUCGACGGGAACCGUAUACUAUGUGGAUUCGGGGUUGAAUGAGGCACGGGUGCGCAUCAUCACCUCGGGGAGCAUCACAAACGGAAUCGAUGCAGCGCUACAUCUCGUCAUGCUCCGGUCCGGCCGGCCGGCCGCGGUGGAGGUGGCGGCGUUCAUGGGAUAUGCAUGGCGAGAGAUGUAG